CUCCCUCGCUGUACGUCAGGCAGGAGGCGGAAGCGCAGCGGGGGCGGGAAGGUUGUAGAGCCGCACGUUGGGCUCUGUUUGCAGGUCUCUAAGUGGUCGCGCCCCCUUUGAGAGAGCGAUCGGACGGCGAGGAGGGUCCUGGGUGCUCUCUUGGCCCUGGGUAGCCGCCUCCCCACCUUCCUCACUUCCCUUUCUCGGGAUGCUGUCGGCCGCAGCCCCCGCCCAACCUGCGCUCCACGCCCUCCUGCAAGGACCCUUUGAGAAGCAGGGGACUGUAAAGUGCUGACCAGUUGCCACUGAGCAUAGCUGAAACAAAAUAGGAAGAUAUGGCAGCAAACCCUUCCGGACAAGGGUUACAGUAAUCUUACCACUACCAAAACAAAACAAAAUUUCAGGUUUUCAAAACAAAAACAGAGUUGCAAUCUUGGCAGAACUGGACAAAGAGAAGAGAAAAUUACUAAUGCAAAACCAAUCGUCAACUAAUCAUCCUGGGGCGAGCAUCGCACUCUCGAGACCCUCUCUUAAUAAGGACUUCCGGGACCACGCCGAGCAGCAGCAUAUCGCCGCCCAGCAAAAGGCAGCUCUGCAGCACGCACACGCACACUCAUCUGGAUACUUCAUAACUCAAGACUCUGCCUUUGGGAACCUCAUUCUUCCUGUCUUACCUCGCCUUGACCCAGAAUGAAGAAAAGAUUUGUCAAAAGUGACUAUAAUAUUAGAUGCCAAAGCUACUAUCAUUUAGUGCUAUACGAACUGUGACUUUCAGAAUUUUGGUGAACUUCUAUACUUUUUUGCUUCUUUAAAAGAAAGGCAUGUGUAUGUCGAAGCAGAAAAGGAGGGUCACCAGGAGGAUGAGAGUUUUGGAAGCUGUAUUAUCUAAGGAACUGAUGAUGCUACUUGUGACUGUUUUGGAACACAGUUUGAUUUUUGAACCCAAAUCAGACUCUGAAUUGGAUGGUCACAUAAAUUCACCCCCCACCCCCCAACUAGGUGGAUUGAAUAUAUCAUUGUCCGCUGUAGACUUUCAUGAAUAGUACUUAACUUUAAAGAAAUGAGGGUGCUUUUAAAAAUGUGAACCAGUAGGCUUAAAUGAUUUACAUUCAUAUUUGCUGUUUAUAGAAUUGCUAUCAGUGUACCUUUUGUGUUUAUAGUCAACUUGUCAUUCUUAAAUAUUCUUUAACUCAUGACUAACUCCUUUAUUCUCCAUUUUCAAAGAAAAUCUAAGAGUAAGUUACCAACCAGUCUUAAACAUCUUUUAUAAACCUAUGCUACUAUAAAUUAUGUGACUAAAUGUGAUUAAAAACAAUGAUAAGAAAUGUGAUUUAAAAAUUUGUACGUCCUCUUAUUAUUUAGUGUUAGUACGCGUAUGGUGUGCCCACAUUUUAUUGUCCAUUUUUGUUCUAAUUAAAAACAGAUUUGGGGCACCUGGGUGGCUCAGUGGGUUAAAGCCUCUGCCUUCAGCCCAGGUCGUGGUCUCAGGGUCCU